AUGGAUGAACAAAAUGAUAUAAAUGAUGAAACUGAAUAUAUAAAGGAGACAAAUGUAGAAGUAGAGGAUGAAAUGGAAAAAGAAGAUGAAUCUUCCAAUGAUUUGACUUUAGAGAAAAAAAGGAAAGACCACGCAAGCAACGAUGAUUUACCAGAACCAAAGAAAAUGUCCUUAAUCGAGGAAGGGGAAGAUGAGGAAGAGGAAGGUGAAGAGGAAGAUGAAGAGGAAGAGGAAGAUGAAGAGGAAGAGGAAGAUGAAGAGGAAGAUGAAGAGGAAGAAGAAAAUGAGGAGGAAGAAGAAGAUGAGGAGGAAGAAAAUAACGAAGAAGAAGACGAAGGAGAAGACCCAUAUCUACUAAAAGACGCAACAUAUAUAAAAAAAAACAGAUUAUGGACAAUGAGGCAAAAGGUCCUAAUCGUAAGAUCACCAUUAAAAAAGAAAAACUGUCAAUCAUUUAUUGACAAUUUAAAACUAUUAUUACCUCAUCAUAAAAUGGAGAGUAAAUGGAGUAAAAAAGGGAAAAAAUCAGAUUUAAGUAAUGUAUGUUAUAAUAGUAAUUGUACUAAUUUAAUAUUUUUUGAUAUAAAAAGAAAUCGUCAUUGUUUAUGGAUAUGUAAAAAUAAGAUUGGCCCAUCAUUAUACUUUGAAAUAUUAGAUUAUAUACCAUUACACAGUUUAUCAUUCCCAGGAAAUUGCUUAUUAUAUUCUCGUCCACUUUUAAUAUUUAGCAAGCAAUUUGAUGAAUUCGACCAUUUAAAAUUAAUAAAAGAAAUGUUUAUACAUAUAUUUGGAACACCUAAAUAUCAUCCACUAAGUAAACCAUUUUAUGAUCAUUGUUAUAAUUUUUAUUAUAUAAAUGAUUUAAUAUAUUUUCGUCAUUAUCAAAUUCUACCGACAACAUUAGCUGACUCGAAUAAUAUUAAUAAGCAAAAACUAGUGGAGAUAGGCCCACAAUUUACAUUACAUAUUAUAAAAAUUUUUGACAAAUUUUUUAAAGGAGAUAUUAUUUAUGAAAAUUUGAAAUAUAAAAAUAGUGAAACACCAAAACAGAAAAAAAUGAAACAAAAUAUUAAAAAAAAAAUUACUAGUAUUGAAAAAAAGAAAUCAUAUAUGAAGAGAGUUAAGCUCAUUCACACCCCAAUAAAAACAGACAUCGAUUUUUAA